CCAGGAAGUCUCGUGAGCGAUUCCCCGCCAGCAUCACCAUCCUACACGGAUAAGAACUAUCGACAUGAACGACUGUCAAGAUAUGACUCUAGUGGGGAGACUGCAACAGACAAGCCUCUGGGCCGAACCAGCUCCUAUUCUCGCAGAGAGGCACGUCUGGCUGCGCUCAACAGGACAGAGCCAGACACAACCUCAAAAGACUACAAAAAGAUGUACGAAGAGGCUCUCCAUGAGAAUGAGAAGCUGAAGAGCAGGCUACACAACAGCAAACAGGAGCUAUCCAAGUUACGCUCACAGCUGGAAAAAGUUACUCAGAAGCAUGACCGGAUAUCAGAGAGGUCCACUGCACUAGAAUCUGAAAAGAGGGAAAAACAAGCUCUGGAGAAGCGAGUGUCAGACAUGGAAGAGGAAAUCAAGGCUUUCCCCGCUCUGACCCAGGUGCAGACAUUACGGAGGUUCAACCAAUGUCUGGUGGCUGAGAACAAAGCCAUGCUACGCGCCUUGGCCCGCCUCUCUGAAACCGCAGCUAUGCCCGAAACUGAGGACCUUUGACCCUCCCUCGCCCCCUUCUGUGUCUCCUUAUGUGCAUCUUAUAACUUCUGCUCUGUCUCCUCCUCCUCCUCCAGCCUUCCUCCAC